GAGACAUCAGAAGCUGGCUCGUGUUUGAGACAAUGAAGAACAAGUGGAUUUGCUGGAAUCUUGAGAUUGAGGGUGUAUGCACACGCGUUCUAAAGGUCCACCUCUAGAGCCUAUCGAUCUCGAGAUCGAAGCAUCCAACAGAAGGAGGAACGCGCAGAGAAGGUUAAACCAAAGGAUUCGGGUUUCUUCACCCGCGCACAGGCGUCUACUUUCUCCUAUCCAGAGAACUCCAUCACCCAGUCCAUCUCCACCUCCAUCACCUAUCCAGUACGAGCCUCAUUCUCCAAUUCUAAUGGAUAACGGGGAGGAGAACAACAAUGAGGAUCCUGUCAUCCGCCAACUCCGUCUACAGCUGGUUGCCAUGCAGAGGCAAUUGGAUGAACAGAAUGUGAGGCCAGUGCCCGUGCAAAAUCAAUUUGCCUACAGACAGGUUGCUAAUCCACCAGUCAACAAUGCGGGGAUAGCGGCCAACAGCUUCGAAUUGAGACCGGGGUUGAUAGACAGAGCAGAAGCAAACGCAUUUGGUGGGACAGGUUCAGAAGAUGCCAACAAGCACCUCACCAAGUUCAUACAGAUCAGCAACACAGUGAAGGCGAAUGGGGUCACAGAUGAGCAAGUCCGCCUCCGAUUAUUCCCAUUCUCUUUGAAAGAUGAGGCAAGGGACUGGUAUGACAGCAUGGGUCCUAACUCUGUGCCUACAUGGGAUGCAAUGGUGGAGCUGUUCUUGGAGAAAUAUUAUCCACCUAGCGAGGCACUCAAACGCCAAGCUGAGGUCAUUCAAUACAAGAUGCACCCUCAGGAGAAUAUCAUGGAGGCUUGGAAAAGGUUCAAGCAGCUGAUGAGAAGAUGCCCCAAUCACGGGCUAACUCCGGGACAACAGAUCUUAACCUUCUACAGGGGAGGCACGCUGGAAGCAAUGUGUGAACUGAACAUGAGCGCCGGAGGAUCUCUCUUGAAAUUGGGGGAAGCUGAAGCACUUGAAGUGAUCGAGAGGGUAGCUUCAAAUGAUGAUGGAUGGAGAAACGACAGAGGAAAAUCAUAUAGGGUGGCAUCCACCUCCGAUAAUGAUAGGAUUGAUGCAAUAUCCAAGCAGCUGGAAUUUCUAACUGACAAGCUUGGGUAUAUGGGAACAAGUCAGUUUGGGACUGAGAUGCAACAAGGAGUCGAAGAUGUAAACUACGUUCAUCAAGGUGGCAACAACAGAAAUUUCAACAAUUACCACCCCAACCAAGGAGGAGGCAAUUACAAUCACUAUGGGAACAAGGUGCAUCCCAACUUGUCAUACGGGAACCCAAAUAAUGCCCUGCAACCACCACCCGGAUUCCAGGUAUCAAAUGGCCAAAUCAUAGAACCGAGGAAGGAUGAGCUGAAAGAUGUGUUAAUGGCCUUUAUGAACCAAACAGGAGAGUGCAUGAAGGACUCCAACAAACGGCUAGUGCAGGUUGAAGCUAAUGUGAAUGACCUUAAUAUUCACAUGAAGAGCAUCGAUAACCAGAUGAGCCAGAUUUCACAGGCAGUGGGUAUUCAGCAUCAACCGGGCCAAUUUCCGUCACAAACAAUUGUCAAUCCUAAAGACUGUAAGGAUUGCAAAGCCAUUAAUCUUAGGAGUGGAAAGAGUUAUGAUGGCCCAACCUUGCCUGCAGAGAAGGAGAAAAUCUCUCAAGAAGAGGUGGUGGAAGAAGAAGAACCAGUGGAAGAGGUGCCGCCUCCCAAGGCAAGCAUCGUGAUACCUGCACCCCCUGCUGAGGUUAAGAUCCCAUUUCCACAGCGCGUGCAGAAGAAGAAGCUAGAUGAUCACUUCUCUAGGUUUCUUGACAUAUUCAGAAAAGUGCACAUCAACAUCCCGUUGGUAGAGGCGUUACAGCAAAUGCCUACAUAUGCAAAGUUUCUAAAAGAUGUGCUCUCCAAGAAGAAGAAGUGGACUGACUAUGAGACGGUGAACAUAUCUGAAAAUUGUAGUGCCAUAAUUCAGAAAAAGCUACCGGCCAAGCUUAAAGAUCCUGGGAGUUUCAACAUCUCAUGCGUUAUUGGAAAUGACAGACAGACAAAGGCACUUUGUGAUCUGGGGGCGAGCAUAAAUUUGAUGCCAUUAUCAUUUUUCAGAAAGAUGAAGAUCGGCACUCUCAAGCCGACAACAAUAACACUACAGAUGGCAGAUAGAACCGUCACCUAUCCUAAAGGAAUUGUUGAGGACGUUCUUGUGAGGGUACAUGACUUCAUUUUUCCCGUCGAUUUUGUAGUAUUGGAUAUGGAAGAAGACGUGCCCAUUCCUUGCAACGGGAAAAGCAUUGAUAGAUGUGGCAAAGGGAGAGCUCACUCUUCAUAUGGGUAA